AUGCGCCGUUUCUCCACGCGUGUGCUUCUGCAGCAAGCAAAGCCACCGCUUCUUUCCGCCAGAGCCCCCCUCCCCCUCUUUGUCUCCGCUCGCUCUUCUCAAGCUUCAGUUCCUAGAUCGACCUCUCGUCGCUCUAAUCCCCCGCUUUCACAGAUCUCCAAACGCUACUGUUCCUACCGCAGAAUGUGCAGCUCACGCCGCGGCGAGGCCUCCGGGUCAACCAACGUCCAAGGCCGCGAGGUCUUGCCUACAAACGUUAAGCCCCAGCACUAUGAUUUGACACUGGAGCCCAACUUUGAGAAGUUCACAUACGAGGGAACUGUCAUUAUUGACCUCGAUGUGACCGAAGAUACCGAUUUCAUCUCCCUCAACUCCAAUGAGAUCGACAUUCACACCGCAGUUGUCUCUGCUAAGGGCGCAGUGGUGGACUCCAAGCCCGAGAUCUCCCUUAACAAGGAUAACCAGACCGCCACUAUCAAGUUUGGCCAGGCCCUCUCUGCGGGGUCGGAUGCCCAGCUGAAGCUCACCUUCACUGGUAUUCUGAACGAUAACAUGGCCGGCUUCUACCGUUCAUCAUACAAGCAAAAUGGCGAGACCAAGUACAUUGCCUCAUCUCAGAUGGAGCCGACGGAUGCCCGUCGGGCUUUCCCUUGUUUCGAUGAGCCCGCUCUCAAGGCCAAGUUCACCGUGACUUUGGUUGCGGAUAAGAGCAUGACUUGCUUGAGCAACAUGGAUGUCGACACAGAGACCGAGGUCCAAGGAGGUGCGAAGAAGGCUGUGAAAUUCACCACUUCGCCUCUUAUGUCCACAUACCUCGUUGCUUUCAUUGUCGGAAACCUCAAUUAUAUCGAGACGAAGAACUUCCGGGUUCCCAUUCGUGUUUACGCCACUCCCGACCAAGAUAUUGAGCACGGCCGUUUCUCAUUGGAGCUUGCUGCCAAGACUCUCGCCUUUUACGAGAAGGCCUUCGAUAGCGAUUUCCCUCUGCCAAAGAUGGACAUGGUUGCCGUGCCUGAUUUCAGCGCGGGUGCCAUGGAGAACUGGGGUCUGAUCACAUACCGCAUUGUCGAUGUGUUGCUGGACGAGAAGAACAGUGGUGCGUCCCGAAAGGAGCGCAUUGCUGAGACCGUUCAGCACGAGUUGGCUCAUCAGUGGUUCGGAAACUUGGUUACUAUGGACUUCUGGGAUGGACUCUGGCUUAACGAGGGUUUCGCAACCUGGAUGUCGUGGUACUCCUGCAACGUCUUCUACCCGGAGUGGAAGGUUUGGCAGACUUACGUUAUCGACAACCUGCAGAGUGCUCUUUCUCUUGAUUCUCUGCGCAGCAGUCACCCCAUUGAGGUGCCUGUCAAGCGUGCUGAUGAGAUCAACCAGAUCUUCGAUGCCAUCUCCUACUCCAAGGGCUCCUCUGUCCUGCGCAUGAUCUCCAAGUACUUGGGCGAAGAUGUGUUCCUCCAGGGUGUCCGUAACUACAUCAAGAAGCACGCCUAUGGCAACACUGAGACCGGUGAUCUGUGGGCUGCUCUUGGUGAUGCUAGCGGAAAGCCUGUUCAGUCGGUCAUGGACAUCUGGACCAAGAACGUCGGUUUCCCUGUUAUCAGCGUCACCGAGAACAAGGACAAGUCUUCCAUCCACGUGAAGCAGAACCGUUUCCUGCGUACCGGUGACGUCCGUCCCGAGGAAGAUCAGACCCUCUUCCCUGUGAUGCUCGGUCUGCGCACCGAGAAGGGUGUUGACGAGGAGACUAUGCUGACGGAGCGCGAGAAUGACUUCCCCGUUUCCGACCUUGAUUUCUUCAAGCUUAACGCCGAUCACUCUGCCAUCUUCCGCACAUCAUACAGCCCCGAGCGUCUUAAGAAGCUCGGUGAGGCUGCCCGUGCCGGCCGUCUGACUGUUGAGGACCGCGCUGGCAUGAUUGCCGAUUCCGGUGCUCUGGCUGCUUCUGGUUACCAGCGUACCUCUGGCAUGCUCUCUUUGCUCCAAGGUCUUGAUACUGAGGCAGAAUUCGUCGUUUGGAACGAGAUUCUGACCCGUAUUGGCACCCUGCGUGCUGCUUGGCUCUUCGAGAACGACAAGACCAAGGACGCCCUCAAGGCAUUCCAGCGCGCGUUGGUCGCCCCCAAGGCCCACGAAAUCGGCUGGGAGUUCUCCGAAAACGAUGACCACAUUCUGCAACAGUUCAAGGCUCUCAUGUUCGGCUCUGCCGGUAUGGCCGAGGACCCAGUUGUCGUCAAGGCCGCUCUGGACAUGUUCGCCCGCUUCGCUGCCGGCGAUAUCUCCGCCAUCCACCCUAACAUCCGCGGCAGCGUUUUCACCAUUGCUCUGAAGCACGGUGGUGUCAAGGAGUACGAAGUUGUUCUGGACCGAUUCCGCCACGCCACCACUUCCGACGAGAAGACCACUGCCCUGCGCUGCCUCGGUGCCUCCGAAGACCCCGCCCUGAUCACCCGUACUCUUGGCCUUGCCAUGAACGAGGAGGUCAAGAGCCAGGAUAUCUACAUGCCCCUCGGCGGUCUCCGCAGCCACCCCGCUGGUAUCGAGGGCCGCUGGAACUGGCUCAAGUCGAACUGGGAUGACCUCUACAAGCGUCUUCCUCCUGGUCUCGGCAUGCUGGGCACUGUUGUCCAGCUCACCACUGCUAGCUUCUGCACUGAGGCUCAGUUGAAGGACGUCGAGCAGUUCUUCGCUUCCAAGGAUACUAAGGGCUUCGACCGUGCCGUUGAGCAGAGCCUUGACGCUAUCCGUGCCAAGAUUAACUGGCUCAAGCGUGACAGCGAGGAUGUUGAACAGUGGCUGAAGAGCAACAGCUACCUUUAG